CCAGGUUUUUGUUGGCUCCAACAGCCGCCUCGGCGGUUGAGUGUAGUUAUCAGAUCAAUUACGACCCCCACCAACAACAGCCAUGGUCUCUUGUAUAAGCCUAUUAAGGAAGUCGAAGAAUUAGAAAGAUAUGGACCGAGAGGAUAUCAUCCAAUAGUUAUGUGUUGGAGACGUGCUGAAUAAUCCAUACAAAGUGAUCGACAAGCUGGGACAUGGAACGUACUCUACGAUCUGGCUGUCGCACGAUGAGAACCUC